CAUCAUUAGCCAGUAAUUUAUAUGAUAUAAAAUCUUGCACCGAAGCAAUUAUUUAUGUAUCUUUCCAACGAUAUCAUUCUCUAUGUACUAUGGGCAUAUUAAACUUGGGGAAUAACCCCUGCAGUUUGGAAAGCAAGGCUCUUAUUGAUCAAGAAAUUUCUUACGAAAUCGAAAUGAACGACACCCCGCGCGUUUUAUCAAUACAAAGUCAUGUGGUUUCAGGUUAUGUAGGAAAUAAAAGUGCAACUUUACCAUUGCAGUUACUGGGUUUUGAUGUAGACGUAAUAAAUUCUGUGCAAUUUUCAAAUCACACUGGAUAUAAAGUCACUAAAGGACCAAUUUUAUCUGACACCGAUUUAGAUGAAUUGAUUCAAGGACUUGCAAUAAAUGGGUUAGACACGUACUCUCACUUACUAACCGGCUACAUUGGCUCGCCUCAAGUCUUAAAUCGAAUCGCAUCGUUGGUGUCUGACCUAAAAUCGAAAAAUCCCCACUUAAUUUACGUAUGUGACCCGGUCAUGGGCGAUAAUGGUAAACUGUACGUGCGAAGUGAAUUACUACCGAUUUACAAAGAACUUGUUACUAUAGCAGAUAUUAUCACGCCUAAUCAGUUUGAAGUCGAGUUGUUAACAGAUAAAAAAGUGAGUACAAUUGAGGACGCAUGGGAUGCAAUCGAUAUUUUACAUCAAAGAGGUUGUAAAACGGUAGUUAUUUCAUCCACUGAAUUUGGAAAUGAUGAUUACCUGGUAGCUAUGGCUAGUAGCCAUGCAGAUGGGCACAGAAGAGCGUUGACAAUAAACAUUCCCAAAUUACCCACGAGUUUCACAGGAACCGGCGAUCUGUUUGCCGCUUUGAUUUUGGCAUGGAUGCACAAAACUAAUAACUUGAAGAGUGCUCUGGAAAAUAGCAUUAACACCUUACAGGCAGUAUUAAAGAAAACGUGGGAUUAUGCAAAAGCUGUUGGAGAUUCGCGACAUAAUAUGGAAUUGAAGCUAGUGCAAAGUAAGAAUUUGAUUGAAAAUCCGCAACGUGUGGUUUUUGCUGUUGAUGUAAAUAAGUCUUAAGAUAUCGAUUAAUGGUUAAUGACUUAGAAUCUUGUCUUCCAUAUCAGUGAUGUACCUAGGUAAUAUAUUCGCACAUGUGGUGUUGAUAACACGUGUUGUAAAAAUUUAAGAAUAUCAACAUAUAGGUAAAUUGUAAUGAAAUUUUAUUGUAUAAAGUAAACUGUGUUUAAAA